AAAUAAAAGCUGUGGUCCCUGGAAGUUCCAGACACGAAGCAAGAGCAGUGAUCAUGAGCCACACCGCAGAACCAAGGGUACGACGACUGGGCUCUCCAGAGGAUGAAGACUGCCUGAUCAGUGGUACCAGGUAUUCUGUUGUCAGCUCUGGAUUACGACCGAAUUUUGGAAUCAAAAGUUUGGCAGAGUAUCUGAAACACAGCUGCAACCCCUUGGUCCUGCAGCUGCUCUCUUUCCUGUUCCUGGCUGGGCUCCUGCUGAUCAUUCUUGUCCUAGUCUCCGAGGUCCCCAGCUCCCAGGAUCAGGACAGAAUCUACCAGGAGCUCGUGCAGCUGAAGACAGAAGUGCGUGAUGGCUUGUGUCAACCCUGCCCCAGGGACUGGGUGCUCUUCCAUGGAAACUGUUACUUCUUCUCCAAGUCCCAACGGAACUGGCACAACUCCAUCACUGCCUGCCAGGAAGUGGGGGCCCAGCUGGUCAUCAUAGAUACUGACGAGGAGCAGACCUUCCUGCAGCAGACUUCUAAGGCUAAAGGACCAACCUGGAUGGGGCUGUCAGACGUGCAUAACGAAGCCACCUGGCACUGGGUGGAUGGCUCACCUCUGUCAUCCAGCUUUGUGCAGUAUUGGAAUAAAGGGGAGCCCAACAAUGUUGGGGACGAAGACUGCGCAGAGUUCUCUGGGGAUGGCUGGAACGAUAUCAAAUGUGACACCCUAAAUUUCUGGAUCUGCAAGAAAGCUUUAACCUCAUCAUGCACCACCAAAUGAAAGCCAGCUCCUCUCAGCCUCUGCAUCUCAAACUCCAAUACCAGGUGGAAGAACUCGACU